GUCAAGUGCACGCUUGUCCUAUCCAGCCCCAUUUGCGCUUUUUGAUGUCUUGGCUAGUAGCAUUCUGGUUGGUUCUUUUCCACAGCUGUAGGAGAUCUUUUCAGGCCAUCUUAUUCCCAGAAUAUGACAUAGGCAUCAGUUGGCAAAGACAGCAUACUGUUUUACAUCACAAUUAAUUCCAGUGUUAAGAAUUAACAAAAACAAUAUCAAAACAUCAUAUCCAUAUCAACCAAAGAGAUUCAUGCAUUCAUUUUGCAGACAGCUGCAUUCAUUUCCACACAGUAACAUUUAGAAGUUGCAUGGCUGAAACAACAAAGGACAGCCUCAGUCUAUUAGCCCUGCAUGUGGGUACACAGAAUCAGUGGCCAGAUGGGAGUCGGAAUAUUUUCCUGACAUGACAUGCCUGUCAUCACGAAGGAUUUUAGACACUUUCAGAAAUGUCUACCUGUUAUACAGAGUCCAAAGAGCUCUUUGGGCUGUCCCAGUGACUUUGGAGCAGGUAGAUACAACACGAUGUACAUUGCUUUGGUCAUUCACUGAUAAACUGUUGAGUAAACCAAGAGCUGUGUCAAAAACCACUUUCUCCUGCAUCUUACAGAGAAAAGGCAAGUUUUAAACUGGUCAGUAGUUAAUGAACACAUUGACGUCAAGCACGAAAUUCCAUUGAGUGCAUUUUUAUAAUCAAGCCGAUCAUAAAAUUAUGAGAAAAAGUUAGAGGCUCUAGACUUGUUGCUGAUGCUGAUGAAGAGCAAGUGCAUCGAAUAACAUGGAGCCCAAAAGAAAGAACCUUAUACAAAUCUUGAAGAUACUUUGACAUAUGGUUUCUUGUGGCCGCUACCUCCCACAAAGUAUGCAGAACAAAGGCAAUGUUUUACGGGGAAAUAAUUUUUAACAGGUCUUAUCAGCUCAUUCCACACAUUUGCCAGUUGUAACGGGAUGAAACUUCCCAGCAGUACUAAACGUCUCGGUAUAGUCUGCGCAUGUUACUGAUAGUGAAUGAAAUUGUAAAACGCAUGUUGAUGCCUAAUGAUAACUCAUGUUACAUGCUAGAGCUGCUUGACAAUGGGAAAGUAAACUAAGAAUUUGGAAUUCCAUCUGAAAUAUGGCUUUAUUGCUGAAUCUGGGUAAAUAAGGGCACCACAUCAAAUAUUUUCCACUUGGCUCUUGCUAGAAAUAAAACAACAUUGUAAAAGCAAAAUUAUACAAGCAUAUUUUGAAAAUAUCAGCGUACUAUUCGAAGGCACAGCAGCGAAACCAAACGUCUCGUCAUGAAGCGAAGAAAAAUAAAGCCUAUCGGUCAAGUGAAUCUUCGAUUGGUAGUUUACUUGAAAUUAAAGGACGAAACAUUACAGGACAUACGAAAUAAAAUAACAUUGCAAAAGCAAAAUUAUGCAACUCACAAUAUGCUUUGAGCUGGUUUUGAUAAAUAAACCCAAGAAAAUGUUUACUAAUCCAUCGGAAGUUUGAACCGAGACGUUUAGUACUGCUAGGAAGUUUCAUCCUGUUACACCAGUCAGAUCUGCCGGAAAUCGAUGGAUGGAAAUAUUAUCACUGUUGUGACAAACAGCAGUAGUAGGCUCUGUUUUUGUUUAUUGGUGUUUUUUUUUUUUUUAAUUUGUCAACUCAUCUUUACAGACAACGUCCAAACGCCGUUCUGCCCAGAAGUUGCAAACAAAUCGCCACCAGAGACUCCGUCUCCACGCACGAAAGAUGAAAAGGGGUAGUAACUGCGUCAAACAGGAACCCCCGAUUAGGGAACAGUAGUGCUUUUCAGGAAUAUGAAAUUGUCUGUCUACAACGAAAUUGUUGAAAUUUUGCCUAAAUAUCGCAGCAGGCGACAGCUUCAUCAACUGACGAAGAUGUUUCCUGGAAUCUGUUACUGCAGGAUUUCGUUAGGUACAAUAGGAAGUAUUUUCUCCCAGGAAUAUCAGAAAAAAAUGAAGAGGACACACUACAAACAUAAGCCCUUCCAUGUACAAAAGCAAUAUUAUGAACAGUUUUGUGCAAAAGCAAAAAAAGACAAGCACAUCAUUAUCAGCAUGGCUAAUAAGAUGGAUCUCUCUCCAUGUAUGCUGGCCAGGAUCAUUCUUGAACAGCAUCUACUUCAUUCUGGUUCUCUUUCUGCUAGUGGUGAUGGAAUGCAACAUUCAAGCCGUAAUAUAUCUUCUUUACUACGCAACCCACAUGAAAUUCCAGACCCUGACUUAGCAGUGGAGAUCCAAGAGUGUGUUGUGGCUGAUGAGCAUUAUGGCCCCAUUGUGGACAGCAUCAAGAGGUCUAUUGGCGUUGAAUAUGAGAAAAAAUUGAAAGAAUGGUGCCACAAAAAUGGAGUGGACUUCCUAGGGGAGGAUCAGAUGCGUUGGAAGGGCUAUGAUAAAACACCUGACAUCAAGCUUGAAGUGCCUAUAGCAGUGGAUGGGCAUGUUAUCAACUGGAUUGAAAGCAAGGCAUCCUUUGGGGAUGAAGACUGUCAUGAGGCUUACCUGCAGGAUCAGUUCUGGAGUUAUUGGAACAGCAGAAAACAAGGUAUCAGCAAAAUGGCCAGCAGUUGUGAGUCAGAUGCAAAGUGUAUAAAUCUUGCUGGUAUGAACCUGCUGCACUGUCUAGAGGAAGCAAAGACAAUGCUUCUCAGAACAAUGUUGCAGAACAAGACACAGUUGAUUGUCAACCUAUUGCGGAGCUGGUAAGUAGUGGAUUGGAAUUAUUGGAUUUGAAAUUGGAUCAGUUUACCAAUGUGGCAGAUACUUUGAAAGUUAUAUUUUAGUGUCUGUAAUCUCAUAAAUACAUGUUUUAAGGCUUAUAGGCCAGGAACACAAAAUUUGGAAGUACAUGUUGUUGCCAAGGCUUCACCUUUGGUAGCAUGAUCAUAUCCUGCAGUUAGUGGAUCUGGUAUGUUAAGAAAUCUAGUAGGAAGGAAACCAUUAAUUACAGUUAAAACAAUGAAAGUUUAGUCUUUGUUACUCCUCCGAGCGCUCUGGGCCACCCUACACUCUUUAAUAAACCAUGGGACACGGGGACGGCUAUUACGAUGCCUUCACGCAGGAAUUGUCUCCAAAGCGAUUUCAUUUAAAAUUGAGGUGAAAAGCUUAGCAGGAUGCAACCUGGGACCAUUGCCAAGAUCUUCUACCUCGAAAUUAUAACUCGAACUUUGGAGGAGGCGGGUGGAGCAGAGGGUCUGAUAGGCAGGCCAAUCUACCUUAGUCAGAUUCCACCCACCAUUUUAAAGAUCAUUGUCCUGCUCCAGGUUAGUUAAAAAUUGUAACAUUAUAGGACAGUGAUCGCUGCAGCACAGGUCGUCAUGUACAGCCCAGUUAAAAUCUAAUAAUAGUGCUGAUCUGACCACUGAUAAAUCGACUGCUGACACUGUGCUACUGUAUGGAUGACAAAAGGUGUUAAAGUUUAGUUAGUUUAUUCCUUGUUGCUCCUCUGAGGAGUAUAGGGCCGCAACAACACCUCGCCAGAGGAUCAGGUUUUGGGCAGCCCCCUUAAGUUGGGCCCAUGUGGUUCCGACGUCCUUUGC